CCUGUCUUCUCUGACAGACUGUCUCAUCGAAGCACACUGCUUGGACCUCUACCAGGUAGGGCGGAGGGGAUCUUUGUACAAUGUUUAGCUUAUCAUGUUUGCUUAAACAAAGCCGACGAGGCAGAACCCUGUCUCGGGCGCUGAUCCUCGUGCUUCUACUGGUCUAUUGCUUCAAGGCGACUCUCCAUACGCUGGAAUUCCCCAAUGCGGGACGAUACGCGCAACAUAUAUCAUCUCUUCAGAAAAGGCUGGACGGCAGCCAUGCCACCACAGAGAAAUACCCAUCCCAAUGGCCUGUAGGGUUACACGAUCGCGUCACAACCAUCGAGCAUGAAGCCCACGAGAAUUUCACCAAGAACCUCGAGAACCUGCUCUCCCUACUACCCGACCAGUCGCACGCCCACGCUCUCGCCGGCCCGAUCAAGGGAACGGGCGAGGAGAAGCUGCGCGAAGUGGGCUUCCGGGCUCGGGCCUUCAAAGCCCUCCUCCAAGCCUGGGAAGCCAUCCACCUGGUCCCGACCAGCACGAACCAGAUGCUCAUCCGCGACGAUAUCGUCCAGAUGCUGCGCGAUAACCCGGCGAUCGCAGCCGACCUCCAUCUCGACGCGGCGAGCACGAUCCACACCUACGAGACGAUGCGCAGCUUCCUCACGCGCUUCGCCACACGCCUCUUCCCCUGGAUCACGCCGUACUUCGCCGACCACAUGACGCUGCACGCGCAGUUCCGGCACGCGGGGCGCGGCCUCGUCUUCACCGCCGGCAACGACCAGGCGCCGUACCUGGCAACGUCGAUCCGCGCCCUCCGCGCCCAGGGCUGCACGCUACCCAUCGAAGUACUCUACCUGGGCGACGAGGACCUAGACGAGGACGCCCGCGAGGCCCUCGAGGCGCUGCCGGGCUCCGUGGUCACGCGCGACCUGAGCGCAAUGGUCGCCGACGAAGGCUGGAAGCUCAGCGGGUGGGCGGCCAAGCCGUUCGCGAUCCUGCUGUCGAGCUUCCGCGAGGCGAUCUUCAUCGAUGCAGAUGCGCUCUUCCUCCGUGACCCGGCGGUGUUGUUCGACGAUCCGCUCUACCGAUCCACGGGCGCGCUGUUCUUCAAGGAUCGCCUGUUUAUGCCCGGUACCGAGAAGCGCGCGUGGCUGAGACGCAUCUUGCCGGCCCCGGUGUCGCGGCACGCGCGUCAGAGUCGCAUGUGGACCGGGGAGAGCCUCCAUAUGCAGGAGUCCGGCGUCGUGGUCGUCGACAAAUGGCGCCAUUUUGUGGCGUUGCUGAUGGUGACGCGCAUGAAUGGCCCGGAUCGCGAUGGUAAUGAGGCGGAGGGCCGCGUCGGCGUCUACGAUAUGGUUUACGGGGAUAAGGAAACCUUCUGGUUGGGGUGGGAGCUGGUCGGCGAUACCGAUUACGCCUUUCAUGGCGGUGCGGCGGCGGUCAUGGGCAAGGCACAGGUCAAUCGAGGCACGGUUGUCGGGAACGAGACUGCAGAGGAAGGCCGGUACCCUCAUUUCACCAUAUGCGCACCGCAGCUGCUGCACCUGGGCAUAGAUGGCCGACCGUUGUGGUUCAAUGGGUGGCUGCUGCCCAAUAAAUUCUCGGACGAUGAACACCAACAGCCCACAGGGUUCGAGGCCUUCAUUCCCGAGCCAGGGACUACGGAGGACGGCGGUGCCUGGAAAUUGCAUGAGAAUAAUGUGUGCUGUUUGUCGGCGGACCGCGUGGUUGACUUCAGUGCUGCGGAG